AUGGAGGCCCUGAUCGCGCUAGUGCAGCGAUUUGCGGCAACUGCCGCGCCGGAUCGGCUGCUGGUACACGCAACGAUCGAAAUUCUUCGGCUACACUACACCACCCGCAACAACAACCAGCUAUACUUUGCCUGGGACGUAUCGGACCCCAAGCUGCGCUUCCGCCAGAUCGACAUGAUCGAUCGGUUGCUGCGGCACCUCGAUAACCGCCUCGGUUUACUCCUCGAAACCGGUGGCGCCGGUUUCACGGACGAGAUGCACAAAACCGAAUGGGAUACGGCGGAGGAGGAGGAGGAUCCGGAUGCACCGGGUCAUGGCAAGGGCCAGGCGGUUGAGUCUCGGUUGCGGCUGCAGCAGCAGCAGCAGCUGAAGCAACGUACCCACAGUCUAUUCGUGGUGGACGAUAUUGCCGCAUUUCAGCGCGUCAGCCAGGCGCUCGGUCGGCGGUCGGGCAUGUUCGACCAGUCCGGCUACUACACGGUCGUAGUGACGGAUCCGUCAGGGCACGGACACGAAUCGGCCACGAGCACCAUCCUGACCACACUGUGGGCGCACUACAUAGUGAACGUGGUGGUAUUGGUGGCGGCCAGUGGUAGCAAUGCCACGAGCACCCCCCUCUACACCUACUUCCCGUACGGUGAGCGGCACUGCGAGCAGGUCCGGCCCAUCCUCUGGAAUGUCUUCGAUUUAGCCACCGGUGGCUUCGUGCACCGCAAACGCUCGCUCUUUCCACCGAAGCUGCACAACUUCUUCGGCUGCCAGUUGUCGGUCGCUAGCUUCAGUCUGUACCCAUUCAUCAUACCGAAGGGUGCACAGCUGGAAGGCAUGGAGGGGUCGGUGCUGCGCACGUUAGCCCAACGUCUCAGCUUUCGCCCACGCGUCAUCAUGGCCGAUCCACCGGAAUGGGGCAUACCGGGCCCACUGCCUGAGAAUGCCACCGGAGCCGCUGGAAUGGUGCGACGCAAGGAGGUAAACUUCACGAUCGGCUACUGGGCCACGACCAAGCGCCGGAACCGCUUCAUGGCGAACAGCUUCUCCUACUACACGUCCCAGAUCGUGCUGGCCGUACCGCCGGGUCGAUCGUACGGUUCACUUGAGAAGCUACGCUUCCCAUUCCAGCCGCCUACCUGGGCGCUCGUGGUAGGCUCGCUGUUGGUCGGUACCGGCGUCAUAUGCGGUGCGAAUCGCAGUGCUUCACCCACCGUUCGCAGGCUGCUGUACGGUCGUGCCGAUCCCGGCAGCAACGGUACCGUCUUGCUGGGCCUCAUAGGUAUCUUCCUCGGUGGGACGCUCACCCGCACAACGCCACCGGUCGGCUGUGGCCGUAUACUUGUACUACUCUGGCUUUCCGCCUGCUUAGUCCUGCGUAACGCCUACACCAGCUCGAUGUACAACUUUUUGAAGACCCCACGGAACGCCACCACACCCGACACGCUCAAUGAGCUGCUGGCCGCGAACUACCGGUUGUAUAUGUACCGCAACUAUAGCUUCAUCUUCGAUGCGUUCCCGCAGGUGCGCCAGCAUUGUCGGCUCGUGACGGCCGGCCAGUUCCGUGGUACGCUCGUGCACGAGCUGCAGCAACCCGGUGCCCGGCUUGCCGUUCUGCUACCGAUCGAAACGCUCACCUAUCUGAACCGUAACCUGAGCCGCGAUGGUCAGCUGCUCCGGAUCGGAAAGCAGCGGGUGUAUGUGCCGCAGCUAGCCCUCUACUGCCCGCAGGCAUCGCCCCUCAUCCGCCCGUUCAAUCACGAGCUCGAGCAUUACACAGCCAGCGGCCUGAUCAGCCGUUGGGCGGCCCAGUACCACCAGCUGCAGUUCCUGCUCGAUCCAUACGAAGCCCCUGCCCCCGACCAGCGGGUUUCGCUCACCAACAUGAGCGGGUGCUUCGUGCUGCUGCUGGUUGGGUACGCGAUAAGCACCGUUGUAUACGUUGGCGAGCUGCGAAGGGCUACCAAGCUUCGUGCAGCAGAAAAGCGAAUCCGCGUCAAAUCAAAGAAAACAUUACAAAACCAAUAG